UCGUCCAUUUUGCUUUCACGCGAUAAGGUUAUAACACUGAUUGUAGCAGCAUUGCUGUAGCGAAAAAGUUUUGGUUUGUUUUCGAUUAGUUUGUACGUGCAGAUUGUUGUGAAAAAUGCCUGUAGCUGAAGGAAUUAAGUCGAGUUGGGCCGAGGAAGUGGAACUCGAGGGUGGAACUUUGCCUCCAUCCACCGAGGUUCGUGAGAAUGGUAUGAAGAUUGUGACCGAUUACAAAUACAACAGCGACGAUAAGAAGGUGAAAAUCGUGAGGACGUACAAGAUCGAGAAGAGGAUCGUGUCGAAGACCAUAGCGUCGAGGAAAUGCUGGCACAAGUUCGGUGAGUCGCAGGACGACAAACCUGGUCCUAAUCCGGCGACGACGAUCGUCGCCGAAGAUGUGUACAUGCAGUACAUCACGAGCAAGGAGGAGGAGAAGACGGAGGACGAUGGACUGGACAAGUUGAAGUCGAUGGGAGACAAGAACGUGGUCAAGUGCAGGAACUGCCAAGGAGACCAUUGGACCUCGAAGUGUCCGUGGAAGGACACGAUUCUGGCUGGAGGUAAACCUGCUGACGAUAAGAAGGGCCCGACUGUGGGUGGUGGUGGUGCUGGAAGCAGCGGUGGACCGUCCAUCUCUGCACCAGGAGACGGACCCAAGACCGCACCUUCCAAGUACAUUCCACCUAGCAUGAGGGACGGAGCACCGAAACGUUCCGACAACCCGAACAUGCCGAGACGCGAUGACGCCAGCGCCAUCAGGAUCAGCAAUCUGUCCGAGUCGACGACGGAGACGGAUCUCGAGGAUCUGGUCAGAUCUUUCGGUCCUCUGCAGAAGCUGUACUUGGCCAAGGACAAGUUGACCGGUCAGUGCAAGGGAUUCGCCUACAUCCAUUUCAAGUUCCGUACGGAUGCCGCGAAGGCGAUCGCCACACUCAACGGAUACGGAUACGACCAUCUCAUCCUCAUCGUCGAUUGGUCCAAGCCACACACCACCGCCCAAUAAGAACAUGGUAUAAAACAAAAUUGAUAGCAGAUCGGAAUAUACACAUAUUAACAACGUGUAUUUUUUUUUUGUUUGUUUCCUUCUUUUUAUAAAUUGAGUGUCGUCGAAUAAAUUGAGAUACGCAAACCA